GUUCUAACCGUACACUAAGUGGGAACUAUAUUCUCAGAAAGCGGAAGCACUACUUGGGCGGAGUGAUUUUCUCGCAGCACCUGAGAAGCCCGGUCACGGACAUAGACAUAAUGGAGCAGAGAAUUCGCCUGGAGUUGCUCAGAGUUGGAGUAAUAGUCAACAAUUACUAGAUACUAGAAGUAGUAGUUAGUUUUCAAUCAUGGGUGUUCGCUGUAUUGUAAAGAGCUGCGACAAUAAACAGGGGAGACCAGGUAAUACCAUGAUGUUUCAUAGAUUUCCAACCAAAAACGCUGACCGGCUGAAUCAAUGGCUACUUGCUCUGGAUAUGGAUCCAAAUACACCUGUAGCCACCUUCAAGACCCAUCGUGUUUGCUCAGAACAUUUCACUGAGGAUGAUUAUUAUGAAAAAAUGGAAUUAUCCACAAGGACCAUGAAACUUGUGCUGAAGGAUACGGCCAUUCCAUCGAUAAUACAGACCGGACAAAGUGGAUCCCCUGCGGCUACGGUGUGCUGUAUUUUACAGCUGCAUGGCACCUGGGCAGGAAUGGACCAGUCACCGGGCCAGGUCAGGAGCACAGGCAUUCAAGCAAAUGUCCCAGAGACAAGCACUGCAACCAUGGAGAAACCAACUCUGCAGCACAUUGUGGAUGAGGAGGCUAUUCUGCAGCUGAUGAAGAACUGCCCGAUGUGCAACAGAAACUGCCGCUGUACAAAACGCACUCGCAGUCCUUACUUCAUAGUCUACCAGAGCUGUUACUACUGCAAUUAUCAACGCAAGUGGGCCAACCAGCCUGAAGCUAGAAAUAUGGACAUUCGUAACAAGAAACUAAAGCCAACAAACAAGGUGUCUGUAAAUGCCAAGGCUCAGUCAUCACAGCUUAAUAAUAAAUGCAUUUCUGAAUCCUGAGUCUCAAGAAGUCACACGAUCCGUUAAGACAAUCUGAAGAGCCCAGUGUAAACUCUGUCUUUUGAGAUUGGGCAUGAGCCCAGUUUAAUAUGUGCCUUAAGGUGGAUCAUUAUGCAUUUGGAAAUGCUUGCUGAUGACAAACAAUUCUGUCAAGUUUUCUGUUGAAUUGAAACUUCAGUCCAAAGUAAUAACAUUGAACUUGCUAACAAGGAACACAAUUACAGUAAAGCAGUAAAAGAGGUGAUGAGCAUAGUUUUGUUUGCUAGUAUGUAGUGAGAAAUACUACACUGAAAUAUGGUAAGGUGCCAUUGUGUUGUGGAACGUUCAAGCCUAAAUUCUCAUGUGAGUCAAGAUAAUUAGAAAAUGCAUUACCGUUUAGGAUUUUCUGUCCAUAACAUCCAUAAUCAAAUUGAAACACUUUGUUUCAUCAUUUGAGGCUCAGCUGCAGCUAAUCUCAAACCAGCAUUCAAUUAGGACAGGUAAACUACAGCCCUUUUUUUUCUCUCAAUUUAAGACUUAAAUUGAUCUUUAUGCCUUUUUGAAUUAGAAAUUUCAGCCUUCACGUUAUCUUGUUGACUUUAUAUGCUUUUCAUACUUUGGUCAAAGGGUAUCAGCCUAAACCUUAAUAAAAUACUAAAACAGUAA